AUGAACCUUUUCCUUAAUUUGAAAACAAUUAAUUUUAAACGAGGAAGUAUUAAUUGGUUAAACGACACAAAAAUAUUGAAUUUAGUAACGGAUUUGUCUUAUGUAGAUGGUGACCCUUUCAUUGAAAAUAAUGUUUCUGAGCUCACAAAAUUAAAACGGUUGUCAAUUUUAAACAACUUGUGUAACGGUUACAACCGUUAUCCGAAAAACACGUUUUCGUUGGAGACCCUUCAAGAAGUUACUUUAUACCUUACAAUAGAUCAGAUUUUGCAACUCAAAGAAGACAUUUUAAAUUUACUUGUUAGAAAUAUCAAAGUGACUUUAUACGUCGAACGCGGUGAAACUCGUGAUUACUACAAUCAAUACUACAUUUAUAAUGAAGAAGAUGUGAGAGCAAUCAAUAUUUUUUACAACCAAAACAAGUGUAAUCCACUUUUAUCAAUGUUUACGUAUUAUUAUGAUUUUCAAUUGGAAAUACCAUUUGCGCCAAGUCAUAAAGUAUUCAUGAUGCAAGCUGUGGAUAAAAACGACAGUGAAAAAAUAUGCAAAAUGGUCAACGACAUGCUGCUCUACGAUUUGUCUAUAGACUGCAAUGAAGCUAUAGAAGAUAACCAAGAGUACACACUUGAUUUGAGGAAAGCAACUACACUAAGAAAAAUAGACAUUAAUGAGUUCGGUGGUAAAUUGUCGAUACCAGACUCAAUCAAAGUUAUUUCAGUUAGUAAUAAAAAUGCUACAAUCGUCACUAAUAAUGCUAAAAUAGAAUAUAUGAAAAUAAAACGCUGUAACGCUUAUGGAUUGAGAGUGGAAGAAAAUGUGUUGAAAAAAGUCGUGAUUGGGGAUUGGGGAUUUGGUUUUACUUUUGUUCAUGAUGGCAUUGAAUUGAAAAACACACUUUACGUUGAUAAUAUCGACUUUAAUACCUGUCUAUCAUACAAGCCAGAAAAACUUAAAGUGUUUAAAGAAGGAAAACAAAUUGUUUUGAAAAAAGAUUAA